AUGCAGUUUACCUCCUUGCUUGCGAUAGCUGGCAUCACGAGCUUAGUGCUCGCAGCUCCAGGUCAAUCGCUAUCCAAACGAGGAUCAUCUUUUGUCUGGUUCGGCACGAAUGAAGCCGGAGCCGAGUUUGGAAGUGGAAACAUGCCAGGAGUAUUGGGAACGGAUUACAUCUGGCCAUCGACCUCCACGAUUCAAACUCUGCAGAGUAGAGGAAUGAAUCUAUUUCGCAUCCCCUUUGCAAUGGAGCGACUAGUUCCUGGAAGCCUGACCUCGAACCCAGAUGCAACCUAUCUAGCUUCUUUGAGAAGUACUGUGAACUAUAUCACCUCCAGCGGUGGAUACGCUGUUAUUGAUCCUCAUAACUUUGGCCGAUACUAUGGCAAUAUUAUCACAUCUACCAGUGACUUUGCAGCCUUUUGGACGACGCUGGCAUCCGAGUUUGCAUCAAAUGACAAAGUCAUCUUUGACACAAACAAUGAGUAUAACUCGAUGGACCAGACCCUGGUGUUGAACCUCAAUCAAGCUGCCAUCAACGCAAUUCGUGCUGCAGGCGCCACAUCGCAGUACAUUUUCGUGGAGGGAAAUUCGUGGAGUGGAGCGUGGACGUGGACCGCCGUCAAUGACAAUAUGAAAGCUUUGACAGACCCUCAGGACUUGAUCGUUUAUGAGAUGCACCAAUACCUUGACUCUGAUGGUUCCGGUACAUCAUCGACCUGUGUGAGCUCAACUAUUGGUCAAGAGCGGGUUGUGGCUGCCACGCAAUGGCUCAAGGACAACGGCAAGAAAGCAUUUUUAGGCGAAUUUGCUGGUGGUGCCAAUUCCGUCUGCCAAAGCGCAGUGACAGGUAUGCUGGAUUACUUGCAAGAAAACAGUGAUGUAUGGCUGGGCGCCUCCUGGUGGUCCGCCGGGCCUUGGUGGGGGGACUACAUUUACAGCUUCGAGCCUCCAUCCGGAACGGGAUAUACUUACUACAUGAGUCUUUUGGCGAAUUAUUUCCCCUCAAAUGGCUCAGGUGAGACAAUCACCACAUCCACCACUACUGGUACUGCUACGACCAAGACCACCACUACAACUGGUGCAAGCACCACUGAUGCGGCUCAGUAUGCACAAUGUGGUGGAAUUGGCUGGACUGGGUCAACCACCUGUGCAAGCCCCUACAACUGCCAGAAGCAAAAUGACUACUACUCGCAGUGCCUGUAG